CUCAGACUCCGCCCACCCAGGCAUUGUACGGAGUGAGCUGUGGCUGCGCUCGCACUCUUCACUGCUGACUGUUCGGACCGGCUGCUGCGCCUGUGUGUGCUACAACAUGCCUAACUGGGGAGGUGGAAACAAGUGCGGCGCAUGUGGAAGGACGGUUUACCAUGCUGAAGAGGUGCAGUGUGAUGGAAAGAGCUUUCAUAAGUGUUGCUUCCUUUGCAUGGUAUGCAGAAAAAACCUGGAUAGUACAACAGUGGCUAUUCAUGAUGAUGAGAUUUACUGCCGAUCCUGCUAUGGGAAAAAAUAUGGACCCAAAGGCUAUGGCUAUGGACAAGGCGCAGGCACCCUGAACAUGGACCGAGGAGAGAGACUGGGCAUUAAACCAGAAGAAACACAACACGCACGUCCAAGUACCAAUUCAAAUCCAUCAAAGUUUGCCCAGAAGUUUGGAGGGGCUGAAAAGUGUCCUAGAUGUGGAGAAUCGGUCUAUGCUGCUGAGAAAAUAAUGGGAGCCGGGAAGCCUUGGCAUAAGAAUUGCUUCAGAUGUGCUAAGUGUGGUAAGAGUCUGGAAUCCACCACUCAGACUGAAAAAGAUGGAGAAAUAUACUGCAAAGCUUGCUAUGCAAAGAAUUUUGGACCUAAAGGGUUUGGCUAUGGCCAAGGAGCCGGUGCCCUUGUACAUGCACAGUGAGGAGAAAACGGCAGAGAAGGGAUGAUUCUAGAACAUUUGACCGUGACCCCUUUGUUACUAAGCGGAAUGAUAGUCUAAGCUAAUACUAAUCACUGUGAAGUCCAUGUGAUGUCUACUUCAUAAAAUGGAGUAGGAUAACUGUGCUUUGUAUGUUUUACUGUAACAUAUUUCUGACUGGAGGAUUAUCUGACUUUUAUAGUUUGUAUUUUCUUUCUAAUAGAACAAAUCUGUGCUUAAUAAGAAUGUGUUUUCUAUUAAAUGGCUGUAUAUUAAAAAAUUAAGUGAGGUUGGAUUGUAUGUUAUGGAAUUGGCUAAGUACAAUAAAAAAACAGUUGAAAGUUAAA